AUGGCCGAGGUUGAACAGGUAGACAGGAUUAGCAAUUUGCCGGAUGCCCUCCUCUUGGAAAUCUUAUCGUUUUUGUCGACCAAAGAAGCUGUUGCUACUAGCAUAUUGUCUAAAAGAUGGAAAUUUUUUUGGACUCAAGUGCCUGUACUAAACUUUUCGAUGUAUGGUUCUGUUUCUGUCAACUGUUUCAACGCGUUUGUGGAUAGAGUCUUGAUCUGUAAUGAUACAAAAUCAUUACGGCUGUGUCAGUUUAAAUGCACCUGUCGGAGAAUUGUCAAUGCCCUCCAAUAUUAUAAAUGGAUUAGGAAUAUAAUGCGACGGGAUGUUGUUGAGAUAGAUCUUAAUUUAAAGAGGGGAAAACUACCAUCAGGGAUUUUUUCGAAUGAGAAACUUAUGGUGCUAAAGUUGACAGAUUUCUAUUCCCCUCUUCGGAAUUCAAUUCAUCUACCAAAUCUGUUAACCCUACACUUGACAAGAAUCAAAUUUUCAGAAAAAUUUUCAUUGGAUGAUAUCUUGAUGAGGUUGCCUCGACUCGAAGAAUUAAUUAUUCUGAAUUGCUUCAUAUUGCAAAAUAUGUGUAUUCGUUCUUCUUCUCUAAAGAGAUUGAAUCUCUUUGACCUAUAUCGUAUGGAAGAAGAUAAAAUAGAUACAAUAGUAGCUGUUCCAAGUCUUGAAUAUCUUUGUAUCGACGAUUUUAUAUUAGACUGCAAGUUUGACAUCAUGCCCUCUUUAACUGAAGCUAGACUUCACAUCCGAUUCCGUGAUUCUUUCCGUGAACAAGUGUUUAAAUUCCUUCAACAAGUUUCUAAUAACUUGAUGACUUUAGAAUUACAAGUUGAUAUAACAAAGGUAUCUCUUGGAGGUGAUGAGCAUGAUCAAAUGUCGUUGUUUCCACACUUGAAACAUUUGGUCGUAAAAGGUCGCAACUGUCGUUUAAUCAAAUGCUCAAAAUUAUCAUGGCGGUAUCUUGUGUUAUGGAUUUUGCAGCGUGCUCCUAAUCUCGUGUCUCUUGAUUACUCAGUAAAAUCUAAUGUAUGCUAUUGUAGUCCAGUACUUGCUACUUAUUUGCCAAAAUGUCGAAUACCAACACUUGAAGUUGUCAACAUCAGCUUGUUUGAAUGGGGAAAAGCUGAUAAGAGAGUGCUGGAAUAUCUGUUAAAAAAUGCCGUAAACUUGAAGGUGUUGACAAUCAAUUUAAAGGAUACGGUUUAUGGAAAAACAAUUGCCGCACUUACAAGACUAUUCAAUGUUCCGAGGGCCUCAUCUGUGUAUGUUAAGGCUAAAACCAUUCAGUUCCUCAAGCUUUACAAUGUAAGCUAUUGUGCAGGUGUAUGUAAUCUGAAUCUUUACGAAUGGACUAUACCACUGCACAUUCGAUUCUGA